UACAAUAAGAUACAUAUGGGUGGAAUUUAAGUUUAUGUUUCUUUAGGAAUCUUUUGGUGCUAUACGCACUGUGAGAUCUUUUGCACAAGAAGGUCGUGAGGUAUCACGCUACUCCAAGCAAGUUAAUGAGACACUAAAGCUUGGACUCAAACAAGCUAAAGUAGUUGGAAUGUUCUUUGGAGGUCUAAAUGCAGCAUCAACGCUAGCAGUUAUCGUAGUAGUGCUAUAUGGAGCCAGAUUAACAAUCACGGGUUUCAUGUCCCCUGGUGCUCUUACAUCUUUUAUUCUUUACAGCCUCACAGUUGGAUCCUCUGUAUCUGGACUCUCAGGGUUAUAUACAGUUGCAAUGAAAGCUGCAGGAGCUAGCAGGCGGGUUUUUCAGCUCCUAGAUCGUAUCUCAUCCAUGACAAAGUCAGGAAAUAAGUGUCCUAUAAGUGAACAAGAUGGAGAAGUGGAAUUAGAUGAUGUCUGGUUUGCCUAUCCAUCUCGCCCUAACCAUAUGGUACUCAAGGGAAUAACAUUGAAACUUCAGCCAGGCUCAAAAGUUGCUCUUGUUGGCCCCAGUGGAGGAAAAAGCACAAUAGCAAAUUUGAUUGAAAGAUUUUAUGAUCCAAUCAAGGGGAAAAUUUUAUUAAAUGGAGUUCCAUUGGUCGAAGUAUCACAUGAGCAUCUGCACAGAAAGAUCAGUAUAGUGAGCCAAGAGCCAGUUCUUUUCAAUUGCUCCAUAGAAGAGAAUAUAGCAUAUGGAUGUGAUGGUGAAGUCAGCAGCAGUGAUAUAGAAAAUGCAGCAAAAAUGGCAAAUGCAUAUGACUUUAUAUCAAAAUUUCCAGAAAAAUUUCAAACUUUUGUCGGAGAACGUGGGGUAAGGCUUUCUGGAGGACAGAAACAAAGAGUAGCAAUUGCAAGAGCAUUACUGAUGAAUCCAAAGAUUCUUUUACUUGAUGAAGCCACGAGUGCUCUGGAUGCUGAAAGUGAAUACCUAGUGCAGGAUGCAAUGGACUCCCUUAUGAAGGGAAGGACUGUGCUGGUUAUUGCUCAUAGGUUAUCCACUGUGAAAAGUGCAGACACUGUUGCAGUUAUUUCUGAUGGCCAGAUUGUUGAAAGCGGUACUCAUGAAGAGCUCCUCAGCAGAGAUGGUGUAUACACUUCACUAGUGAGGAGACAAAUAGAAGGAUCGAAAACUGAGUUUUAGUUCUUCCAAAAAACAAAAGACUAAAGUUUAGUUUUAGACAGUUAUCAUGUGAUAAUAAGUAAUAUGUCUGAUUUUGUUUUUUAAGAAAUUGGCAUUGAUGAUUUCUUUUACAUGCAAGAAAUCUUAGCUUUCAUUUUUAUUGC